AAUAAAGAUUUAAUUAAUAAUAAUAAUAAAAAAAAGUCUCUACUCAGCUCCAGUCAAUUGUUGCUUCUUCAGGGAUGAUGGGGCAGUGUUGAGAGAAAUCGAGCUUUCCAAGAAAAGCCAGAAAUUCCCAGAGUUUCCACAGGCCAUCUCACUUCCCCUGGAUUCCUAGAACUGCAGGGACAAAAAGAAGGAUGCUCUGUGCCUGGGAGAUAGGUUGUGCAAGGUACUGCGCUGGCCAAACUUCUUGAAGUGGUCCCUGAAGUGAUCCGCAUAGAUAGGUGCCUUACCCCCUGGCUCAUCAUCCUAGCCAAGUGCCACCCCGAGGAGAGUCCAGUAAAACAGUUCUGUUGAGCCAGGAUGAUGGUGACGAAUCAUCUAAUCUAGACCAAUUGAAACUGCACCGGUCACUUACUUUCUCUGGACUUUGAACUUUAAAUACUGAGUUAAUUGGUAGUGAGUGUGCAAGUGUCAGAGCAAUGAAAAGAAUUAGAAUAAGGGUCAACAAAUAUCUGCUAAAGAGUGACAAAAUAGAACCAGUGCCUGGCUCAGAGCAGCAGCAGCAGCAGCAGCAGCAGCACCGUGACUGCCAAGGGUUUCUCUGGCCAUUGUUACUCCCUCUGGUCUACAGCAUGGGAAAUAUCUUUGCAAAUCUCUUUAAGAGCCUUUUUGGCAAAAAAGAAAUGCGCAUUCUCAUGGUGGGCCUGGACGCUGCGGGGAAGACCACCAUCCUGUACAAACUGAAGCUGAAUGAGGUCGUGCAAACCAUGCCCACGAUAGGUUUCAAUGUGGAGACUUUGGAGUAUAAGAACAUCAGCUUCGUCGUGUGGGACGUAAACAGCCAGGACAAGAUCCGGCCUCUGUGGAGCCGAUACUGCAAAGACGGAGAAGGUCUCAUCUUUGUGGUGGACAGCACUGACCAAGAACGCAUGGACGAGGCCAGACAGGAGAUAAUGCGGAUGAUGACAGAGCUCGAGGAUGUUGUCCUGCUAGUGCUUGCAAACAAGCAGGACCUCCCCAAUGCCAUGAACGCAGCUGAGAUCACAGACAAGCUGGGCCUGCACUCUCUGCACCACAGGAACUGGUACCUUCAGGCCACCUCUGCCAUCACUGGGGCUGGGCUCUAUGAGGGACUGUACUGGCUGGCCAAUCAGUUCCAGAACCAGAACUGAGCCACACUCCUCUCUUCCCCCUCACUCCCUCCUUCACCCUCGUUUUCCUGUCCAUUGGCAGAUGUAUCCCUGUGGUGUGAGUGCCGGAAGCUGUCCCCA